AUCAAAAUCCUCAAAAAUAUCAUAAUCCCCAAAAAUAUUAAAAUCUUAAAAAAAAAUCUAAAAUCCUCAAAAUUCCGUUAACACAGUAAUUUCCUUAAAAAAAGUAACGAUUGCAUGUUCACAUCACACCGCAAAAGUCCAUUAUUACUCAAGAAAUGACCGGACCAACUGCCGCUGACUGACCACGACAACAACUGUUACAACUUAUUUUAAGGAACCAUUUACCUCCUGCACGUGUACUUAAACAUGUGAAAUAACAGUUACAAACAAAUGAUCUUGUGUGGUUUGGUUGGUGAACGAGGUGUCAAUUUAAAAAAUAACAACAUUUUAUGCAGAAAUGCAAAAAAAACUUAUCAUAAACAAUGAUAACACAUUUAUAGGAAACCGUUGUUACUGCUGCUGAGUGACCACAUUUUUUUGUGCUUAUCUAUUUAAGCCCUGUUACAAAAGUGUAUGUAAUAAUUAGCCACGAAAUACUUUUGGUAAUUGUGUUGUGAGACUAUAAUUAUAAUUAUUAUCGAGUAUGCCGGACUAUUAGUGACGAACGACAAGUCCAGUUCAAUGACAGGAGUAAAUAAUAAAUUAGUAUUUUGUUGCAUUAAGUAAUUGGAAGUUUAAUCUCAAGGAUUUAUUUAACAAAUCUCGAUUAAAUCUCAAACUCCCCAACAAUUGGUCCAAAGACAAUAAGAAUGCAGUGCACCAGGAGUCACGUUAGAGAAAAAUGCAGUUCAAUGCAGCAACUCGCAGGAGAUGAAGUGACAAUAAAUUCUAAUUACUUGUGCUUUUAGCGUGAAUAAAUUCCUUCUGAACUUUUACUUCACGGAAAUAAUGUAAAGUUUGUUGUUUGAAACUAGCAACUCAAAAAUUAGUGGAUUCGUUUCACUGCAGAAACAGAAACUGCAUCUCAUCUCAUUCAUUUUGUGUUUUACUUUUAAUGGGUAAUAAUUAAGGACUGAAAUACAUACAUAUUUAAGUGCACAGUGAGAAAGGCAAGAGAGAGAGAGAUGCUAAUGCUAAUGUACUGUGAAUAAAUUAAUACGACGAGGAAACAGACCAAAAGUAUUGGACUUAUAUGUUUCAGAAUUAAUUAUGCUAAAAAAUCCGGGUGUAAUGACGUGCCAAAUAAUUUCAAAAAUAACUUGAGAAAACAAUCAUGAAGAUCAAUUCAACCCCGAGAAGAAAUAAAGAAGAGGUGGGUCCACGCCCGAUAAAAAAUGCCAAAAUGACGACAUCCCAACAAACCUGGAGUGAGUGUCGAUCAUGGAGAAGAUUUUCAAGGUCGGGAACAUUCCCCAUAAUUUUACUGAUGAUGAUUCUGGCUGCAGAGUCCGUCCAUUUUACAAAAGGUUGCCAAUUCCUCCCGAUGGGAGAGUACUUACGCUUUGUCCGUGUUCCGGAGAAUUUGGUGGUGGGGGAGAAAAUUAUGACGUUGGAGGUUCUUCAGAAACAUAACCUUACGUUGGAGUCUAUUGAUAAGGGGGACGAUGCAAAAUAUUUUGCACUGUCGGAGUCAUCCUCGCAAGAAGUGGAUCUACUUCUCGCUCGGAGUUUAGAGAACAUUGUGGACAAUGACUCGCCUCAAAAUAUUUUAAAGUUUAGGAUUGUGUGUUAUCCUUCGUCGGGGAGUGAUAGGACCCCAUCCUUUCUGCAAUUUACGGCGUACAUCGAAGACCUUAAUGACCACGCGCCCAUCUUCCUUCACGGCCCCAACUACUUUGUCAGCGUGGACGAACUAACACCCGUCGGUUUGACGGUAUUCCGCGGAAUCCGAGCGACCGACUUGGACAAGCCAAACACGGGAAAUUCCGAUGUCCACUUUUCCAUCGUGGAUGGCAACGACGACGGAAAAUUUGGUCUGGAAAGCAGUCAAAAUCCGGCCCUCGUCGUGAAAAAGAGUCUCGACUAUGACGCUGGCGACAGAGAGUUUAAACUCAAAAUUAUGGCGUCUGACCGAGGCAAUCCUCCCUUGUCAAGUUUCGCUUUCAUAUCGGUGAAGGUGAUCGACAAUGAUGACUUGCCCGUCGUGUUUACUAAACCCAUUUAUAAAACUCAGAUUAAGGAAUUUUACCCGUUUAAUAACAAGACCAUCCGUCAAGAAGUCAUGUUUCCCUCGUCCUCAAGAAUCCAAGCGUUCGACCAAGAUCUCGCCAUCAAUGCGACCGUCGAGUAUGCCAUCGUUGGGGGGAAUGAGGGGGCAUAUUUUGACAUCGAGACGGGAAACGGGUCGCUCUACCUGGUUCGAGAAGUCGACCGGGAAUCUUUGGCCAGCAACGUGUUCAAUCUCCAGUUGAGGGCGAGACAAACGAACGACUUGACGAAAAUGGGGAUGGCUUUGGCAGAAAUUGAAAUACUGGAUUUGAACGAUUGCUUGCCGCAAUUUGAAGUUGACGUGUACAACAUUAGUAUAAUGGAAAAUUUGCCGAAUGGAUUUUCCGUCCUUCACGUCACUGCUACUGAUGCCGAUCAGGGAGAAAAUGCCGAAUUCCUUUACAAAUUGGAAGAUCGGACUAAAGCCUUCCAAAUUGACCCACGCAGCGGUUGGCUCACAGUUCGCGAUCAGUCACAACUGGACAGAGAAAAAAUGUCACAAAUAAAUUUAAAAGUUAUUGCCGACGAAAAAGUAGGUAAUGUAGCGUUCGGAACGACGAAAAGUUAUGCCUCGGUUGAAGUCCACCUUUUAGACGCUAACGACGCAAAUCCCACCUUUAUCCCGUCAAAUCUGUACAAAUUCCAAGUAACGAUAGACUCCGAAAUAGGAUCGGUUGUGGGCCAGGUGACCGCGGAAGAUCCAGAUUUAGGUGGAAAUGGGAAAAUUGCGUACGAAAUUCAGAAACCGAAUGGGACCACGGAAGAAUUGCCGUUCGAUAUCGAUGCUGGAAAUGGAUAUAUUUUUCUGCUGGAAAGACCACUCCCAAAAUUGCACUACACUUUACUAGUCGAAGCUUCCGACCAACCUUCAAACCCUUCGGAGCGUCGCUAUUCCUUGGCUGUGGUGCAAAUUGACGUCGUCAAGGCGGGUGCGGGACACUCGCCGGAAUUUAUUGGGAGUCCCUACGAAUUCUGGGUGGGAAGUCAUGUCGGCGUUGGGACGAGUGUUGGACACGUUAAAGUUAACCAUUUGGAUCCUAAGUACACCGUGUACGAUUUGCUGCACAGUUAUUAUGAAGGAGUGCCAUUCGCCAUUGAGGAGAGGACAGGAAUCAUCGCAGUUGUGGACGAUUUAUCAAAAUACACGAGAACUACGUAUGAAUUUGAAGCCUACGUCACGGACAGUCGACACACACUAACGACGAACUUGACCAUUCACAUCGUCGACCCACACGAGGCUGCUUCCGCUUCGGAAGGUGGUGGAGAAAGUGGUUUGUCCCGAAAUGGAAACAGUAGACGAGCCCCGAUCGAACUCAAAGUCAAAGAAAACGUGGGUGGGGCCAUUGUCGCAAAUCUAAAAACUUUGUUAAGCGAUACAUUACGAGACGUGAGAGGCAUGGAGUUUAUUUUGGCCAAUUAUGAUGCACGGGACAAAUUCGCUAUCAGUUCGGAUGGGACGAUUUACACGCUGAAACCGUUGGACAGAGAGGAAAAAUCAAAACAUUUGCUCACCGUCAUCUCUCAAAGCCGUGGAGUGAUCCAAGGACAAGGCGUGUAUGAAAUUGUGGUCAACUUGGAAGACGAAAAUGAUAAUUCUCCAAAAUUCGACCGUCAAGUUUACGAAGGUUUCGUUCGAGAAAAUUCCCUUCCAGGAACCCCACUCAGCAUGGAAAUUCCAGUGACCGUUAUCGACCCUGAUGACGGACCUAAUGCUCAAUUCCAUCUCGAACUUAAGGGCGAUGGGGCAGAUCGGUUUCUCGUAAAUCCAAAAACUGGAAAAAUUGUAGUCGGGAAUGUCCCACUCGAUAGAGAAGAGAAACAUUUGUACAGUUUGAAACUGAUUGCGACGGACACGGGAAAUAAGAGCAGUACUGCCAAGAUCAAUAUUCACAUUCAAGAUACGAACGAUAAUGCACCCGUCUUCUUUCAAAACAUUGUCCUCGAUCCUCCCGAGUUGGACUUGUCUAACGGACCUCGAGAAUUGUUACGUUCAGCCUCUCAGCCAAUAUCGGUCGAAAUCUCGAACGCGGAACCAAUUCAAAUUCCGGAAACGGUCGCCGUUGGAAGUCGAAUUGCCCGAGUGCUAGCCAGUGACAAAGACACGGGGGACAACAGCAAAAUAUUUUAUCGACUCGUUUCCGAGAACAGCAAUCCUAUCGGAGGAAAGUUUUCAUAUUUAACGGACAAACAAUACCUCUACAGUCGGAAUAAGGAUAAACAUUUUAUCAUUGAACGUACCACGGGAGAAAUUAGUGUUGCCAAACCACUAAGACCAGACACCGAGUAUGCCUUAAAUAUCUCAGCCUCAGAUCGAGGGGGGUUAAGGGCCUACACCGGGAUUAAAAUUGUGGUGCAAGAUGUAAACGACCAUGUGCCAAAAUUCGACAGACCUUGGUACGCCUUUGACCUGUUGGAAGGAACCUAUGACCGUGGAGAAGUUGGAAAAGUGACAGCAAAAGAUGGCGACACUGGACUAAAUGGCGAAAUUCUGUACUCCCUUCAACCCAAAGUUGAUCCCUCGACGACCGAUCUGGAAUACUCGGAUACCUUUCUUCCUUUCAAUAUUGAUCCCAAAUCGGGCAUGAUUUUUGUUGUGGGAACCAUCGACCGAGAAACAAAGGUCAAGUACAGUUUUUACGCCGUGGCGACGGACAAGGGUCAGCCCCAAAUGGAAUCGAUGGUUGAUAUCGAUGUCAACAUUUUAGAUGUUAAUGACAACGCCCCGAAAUUUCAUGGCUACAUGACCACCGUAAAAGUCGGAUCAAAAUCCGUCCCCGUUUACCGAACCAGCAUAAAAUCCAACCUAAUUCCUGCAGGAGCUCAAGUUUUUAAAGUUUCUGCGAACGAUUCUGACUCUCCAGCGAAUGGAAAUGGCCUUGUUUUAUUCCACCUGGCAAAUAAUCACAAAACUUUUUACAUCGAUUCUAAAAAUGGGACAAUCUCCACUUUGACACAACUCGACUAUGAUAAGUCUUCUAUUACAAGUCCGGAAUAUAACUUGACCGUGGUGGCUUCCGAUUUGGGAAAACCUAGUCAAAGUUCGACUGCUUGGGUGCUCAUUAGACUCAGUGGGACUAAAAUGUCCACUACCACGGACAAAAAGCCGAGUGAAAGUGGGAACGAUUUGGAACGCAUGUUUCAAAAGGAAGUUUACACGUAUUACGUUCCACAUCGGUACAACACGCCAUUUUUCCUGACGAAGAUGAACGUCACGGAUCGAUAUAAACGAUAUCCGACCGAGUACCAUCUAUUCGGAGGAGAUAAAAUAAUUGAAAAUUUCCGAAUCGGACCAAAAUCUGGGGAAAUAUAUGUCAUUAAGAUGUUAAAACCGGACACGACGUAUGACAUGUUGGUUCGUGCGUUCAAUUCGCAACAACCCAGUAAAUUCGAUGUAAGACAGGGCAGUCUUAUCUCGGAUAGAUAUUUAGAGCACAACGAAGCGCUUAUCAGGGUCGAAUUGGUCAAAGCUCCCCCACCCCCACCACUCCUUCCACCACUACCGAACGACCCCAUCGGUACUUCAAGCGGUCACAAACCACGCGUCGUCUACAAAACAACCUCCACCACAACAGCAACUAAAGCUUCAUCUCUCGUGCCAAUAAUUUCACAUCCAAAUUCCUCCGACACUUCUUCCUCUCCUUCUGAUCAAUCCCAAUCUCCAUCCAAAAUCAAACCAAAAUCAUCAUCAACCACAAAUAAUAACCGACCCAGCCCUACAUCCAUAGUUCCCAAAGUUAUCAUUGCCAACUCACCACGGAACGAUUCCGACAACGAAAUCAUUCCCGGCAGCAACAAAACGAAUAAAUCCCACCACAAAAAUUCCUACUUUUACGCCGGAGAGAUCGCAGUCCUGACAAUGUCUUGCGUCGUCUUUUUGGGCGGACUUGUCGCCGCCAUUUCAAUCGCUUGUGUCCGAAGAAGGAAAAAUCGUCGCCGGAGAAGAUUGUCCCACAUCCCCGCCAUCCCGGUCGAAGUGCGAUUACAAAAGCAGCCGAUGGGGAGUCGUCUCGUUCUGGGAAGUAGACCAAUGGCCCUUCCUGGAGAACCUCUCCCGAACAACAACAACAACGGGACGGAGAGCAGUGACGCAACUUCGGAAACCUAUACGGACGGAUUGCCCGAAUUAGGGCAUCAUCAACGCUCCGCAUCUUUUGUAAAUGUCAACGUGCAUAAAACUGGGCUUAGCGUUUGUCCAGAUUGUAGAAAAAUAAGAAAGCCAAAUAAUAAUAAUCAUAGUGGUGCAAGUCACAAUAAUAAUAAUAAUAAUCAUGUUAGUAAUAAUAAUAGACUGUUAGUUAACGGGGUUGCCCGUGGGGUUCGGGAUCGCGACCGAGGUAAGCAAUCACGACACCCGAGAGAGGUGUCACUGCCAUCCAGCAACGAUUCAGGAAUUGAUGGGUCCGAUGGACAAUGCCAUUGCUGUCAAUCGCACAACUCUUCCUCCGAGAGUGGAAGGUAUUUUAAAAAAGACCACUACGAGGACAGUUUGAUGCCGCACAUGAAUGCACGCGUCACGUCGAAAAGCUUCCGUCGAAAGAGGAACGCUAACCAGACGCCGUAUCCGCAACAGCACAAUCGUGGCGCGGGGUCGAGAUUUAACGGCCGGAUGGGCGAAGGAAUUGUCAUAUUGUAGAAUUAUUUUUAUUAGUACGGGAAAUAAAUCAAUGCAAUGAACAAGUACUGAAAUAUUAAGGAAAUUCUGUAAUCCGUAAAAAUAUGACGUUUAACUUUUAUUAUGAUCUUCUUUCAUCUUACUUAAAUAUUCGUUAAGUAAUAACUUUUGUAUUCGUAUGUAUUUAAUUUUUGAUAAGGAAGGGUUCCUUAGGUGUAAUUGAAAUGAAUGAAGUAUGUAAUUGUAUUUAGAUAAUUUUAGCUUGGUUUUUGGUAUUUGUAUAUUUUUUAAGUAAAUAAAUAAAUAUUCAACGUCAUGAUUAGUAAUUCAGUUUACAUAAAAACGU